CAACAUUUCCGCGACACAAAAUUGUCUUUCUAUUUGCUGACAGCUCAGCUGCAACUGCUCGCGCUUGCCAUUGACCGAGCUGACAAAGACAGAAGCUGUGUUACAGGUGCACAAUCCUUCCAUUUCAGCUUAAUAAUUCAGCCAAACAUGAUCGUAGGUCUACGUUUAAGUAGGCAACUGUGCUAAUCACAAGCAAGCCAUACAUGUCACCAUUCUCUUCAUUAUUCUCCUGCUUCAAGUCCGGCAGCUCCAACACAGAUCAACCUACCAGCGCAAAGACUUUGAACUCAUCAACUCCCAGUAACAAGUUCUCCAGUAUGGCUGGAACAACUUACCUCAUCACUGGCGCUGCUAGAGGUCUCGGAAAGGCAAUGGUCGAGACUUACCUGGCGCGCCCAAACAACACCGUCAUUGCCGUAGCACGUACCACUAGCUCAGCCGAGUCACUCAAAUCUCUCCCUGCCGGUAAAGACAGCAAGCUCAUUGUCGUGGCCUACGACAGCCGCGACACCGAAGGCCCGAAGAAGGCUGUCGAAGAACUCAAGAGCCAAGGCAUCACCACCAUCGACACCGUCAUCGCCAACGCCGGCAUCUCUUCGGACUACGCACCCGUUGCCUCCGUCUCGCUCGACGUGCUCAAGUCGCACGUCGAAGUCAACGCCUACGGACCCCUUCUUCUCUUCCAAGCUGUGCUGCCCCUGCUGCUCAAGUCGUCCAAUCCCAAGUUCGCUGCUCUCGGAACUCCCAUCGCUAGCAUCACCGGUAUGGAGAGCCGUCCGUUCCCCAUGGCUGCGUAUGGAAUGUCCAAAGUUAUGUUGCACUGGAUGGUUUGCAAGGCGCACUUCGAUCACCCGGAGCUUACCGCCUUCGUGCUGGAUCCUGGAUUCGUGCAGACUGACAUGGGUAACGAGGGUGCCAAGACUUUUGGUAUGGAGAAGGCCUUCAUUACUGUUGAGGACAGUGCCAAUUUUUUGGUAUCAACGAUUGACAAGGCCACGAGGGAGGAGACCUCGGGACACUUUCCGACGAUCGAGGGCGGGGACUUCAAGUGGUGAUUUGGGGAGCUUUUGUUCACUCGAGAUGUUGACUUUUCUAGUCUGCCAACAGGAAUGGGAGUGCAGUUUGAGGUGUCUAUGUAGACGUAGGCGUAGCACUGGUGCACUGGUUGCGCGAUGCCGCUCGUGCUGCCCGCACGACAUAAUCUUGCCCUGCCAAUACAAGCCUUCUCAUGA